CACGCUCCGCGCUCAUCGCCAGCUGCAGCACCUACUCAAUUGCAGCCGCCCACCCAUCUCUUCUCACCAACACAUCAACUCAUCACAACCAAUUUUCACCAAGACAUCGAACCACCAAACAAACGCACAACGACUACGACAAUGCUCUUCACCCGCCCAACAGCGCGCCUCCUCCCCCUGCGCUCCCUCCGCCGCUUACCCCUCACCGCACGCCCCCUCAGCACCUCCCGCGCCGUCUUCGCAGCAAAGGACUCGCAAGACAAAGACUCCAUCAAGCGCGUGUCCACCGAGUACUCCAAAUCUGGGUCCGACGAAGAAGUUGCCGAGUCCGACGCAGCUUUCAACCCAGACAAAACGAGCCCGGAGUCAGCCGAGGCGACGGCGGAGGAUGAGGCUGGCGGCAAGGACAAUACGCUGAAUGUUAGUCCGGGGAAUCCUUCUGUGAGCGAGCCGAAUGAUCCUGGUGUGGGAGGGAGUGGUGGAAGUCCAAGGGAUAAGACGAGUGGGGCCGGGGGUGCGCAGAAGAACGGUGGUGGGGAGAGUGGUUGAACAUCGCGUAUGGACUGGAGGGGUAGGAUCCACCGGGUGGACAGCAGUCCGGGGUAGGGAGUAGAGCAGGAAGGGGUUGUUUAUUUGUGAGAAGAACAGUAUGGAUGAUACUGUGUUGCAGAUUCUCUUGCAAUUCAUGUUUGCUCAGAAACACCCUUCAGCAUUCCUCAGUACAUUUGGUUUAGACGUUCUACUGAUAGUCUAACAAACACCUUCUUCACGGUUUGAGCAAUCCUCGCAUUCUUUGAUUCCUUUGUGAGGCCUCUUUCACCCCAGGAAAGUCACAUCGCAACAACAAACAAGCUUGUCCAUUGGUCACCAUGAGCACCCUUCAUACACUUUCAUCAU